UAAACCUUUAUCCACAGCUGAUCCUUUAACAACAGCUGAUUCUAUAUCAACAGCUGAUUCUUUAACAACAGCUGAUCCCAUUACAACAACUGAUCCAUUACAGUUCCGCAACAGCUGUUUUUAGUGUAUUUCUAUGGAUUUCCCCAUUUUCCCAAUAUUUCUGCUUUAUACCUCCCAACUCACGUCAAUAUGAAUAAUUUUACAAAAUUAAAAGUUAAAUUGUGAUUUCAGACAAAAUGGCGCGUCGUUAUGAUACCAAAACUACUAUUUUCUCACCUGAAGGGCGUCUCUACCAGGUUGAGUAUGCUAUGGAGGCUAUUGGUCACGCUGGAACCUGUCUUGGAAUCCUUGCUAACGACGGUAUAGUGCUGGCUGCCGAGAGACGAAACACGAACAAGCUGCUGGACGAAGUUUAUCAUUCAGAGAAGAUUUAUAAACUUAACGAGGAUAUGGCCUGUAGUGUUGCCGGAUUAACCAGUGAUGCUAAUCUGCUCACGAACGAGCUCAGAUUGAUUGGUCAGAGGUAUAAAUAUACCUACGGAGAAUCUAUUCCUUGUGAACAGUUGGUAUCUUGGCUUUGUGAUAUCAAGCAGGUAAUCCCCCCCUUCCUCUCUUACGGUAAGUUUGGUGUCUCUAUCCUGUAUAUUGGUUAAUAUGGUUACCAGCUUUAUCAGUUAGAUCCUAGUGGAAACUAUGGUGGCUGGAAGGCCACUUGUAUCGGGAAUAACUGGAAUGCUGCGGUAUCUAUGCUGAAGCAGGAAUACAAGGAAGGAGAAACAAGUCUCAAGGAGGCUCUGGAUCUAUCCAUCAAGGUUCUUAGCAAGACCUUGGAUAUGACCAAACUAAGUGCGGAGAAGAUCGAACUGUCAACCCUGACCAGGGAGAACGGUAAGACCAUGAUUCAGAUUCUCCCAGCUGAACAGGUGGAGGAGCUGAUCAAGAAGUACGAGGCUGCCGAGGCCGAGGCUGAAGCCGCCAAGAAGGAAAAAGAAAAGCAGAAAUCUUCAUCCUCCUAAACCAACCUCAUCCUCCUGACGAAAUCUUUUCGUGUAAACUGAAAUAUUUAACCCCCCCUUUUCCCAAUUAUCCUACUUUCUAUAAACAAGUGUUAAACGAUGUGAUUUUAUCCAUGCACUUUAAAAAUAAUAAAAUCCGUGAUUUUUCUAACUUGAAAUUUGCUGGUUUGGCAACUUGAAAUUUGUUUUUAAAAAUUGUUGUAACUGGUUUCUAACGUGUUAAUAACUGGGUUUAAUAAAAAUCGUUUUUAACUGGUUUCAAACUCGUUAACAACUAGUUUCAAAACUGGGUUAAUAUCUGGUUUCAAACUUGUUUCUAAAUAGUUCUAUAACUGGUUUCAAAACUUGGUUCUAAUUGGUUUCAAACUUGUUCAUAACUAGUUUCAAAACUGAUUUCAAACUCGUUGAAACUAGAAAUAAACUAGUGUCUUCUGGUUUCAGA